AAGUCCAGGGUUCCCCAGAUCCCACUUUGAGUGUCAGUGGUGGUGUCAGGUGUCAAGUUUCCGGGUGUGCAGAGGACUUGACAUCUACCUUUUCCCUUCCCCAAACGUCUUGCCGUCAAGCCGGCUGCACCUGUGAGCUGAGCCCCAUGGGGCCUAUCUUGGUGGGGACAUGGAAUUCCUGGUGGGAAGCCCAGCUGGGAAUGGGGACCCAUGGGACACUCUGUUCCCUGGGACUUGAGGGCAAGCCAUGGGAGCAGUCAGGGCUGCUGAGCCCUGGUCUGGGGGCCGGCUGGCACCGGUCGGGGGGCAGACUGGCCCCAGGCUCCCUUCCCCCAGGCCGAGGUUGGAGCCCCCCUCCUUCCUGGCUCCCUGUCUCACGCCCAGGAGGAAGCUCCCCUCCCUCCAGCAUUUGUCCAUUGAUUUAGACACAAAUGGUGGAGUUUGCCUUUGGGUGGAAAAUCCGUCAGUCCUUAUCUGGAGGGUGCGGUGGCUUAGGCACCUUGGGUGGGGCCUUCCCCCCUCUGCUAUUUCAGGCUCUGGGGGCUGCAGGAAGCCCUAGGAGGGACUUCCUCUGGGCGUAUUUUUAGAGGAACAAAGGGAGGCCCGACUGGCGGGUCCCUCUGUGGGUGAGGCUGGCCUGGGGACAGGGACUCCAGGAGGUCAGGGAGGUCCAAGGGACAGGGUCUCUUCUUCUCCCUCUUGGCCAGAGACCUGACAUUGCAUUAACUGAGCUCACAGCAUUGCAAGGGGAGCUGGGCCUCAUCUGACCCCCACACACCAGGCGCCCAGCUCAGGCGGGUGCAGGGUGUGGGCACAGCUCGCCCUGCAGGGCUGCACUCUGACAGGGUGUUGGUGGCAGAGGGACAGGAGCCUGCUGUGUGUGGUCUUGCUGUAGAGAGCUGGGGGCCCCACGGGGUAAGGGCCACUCUUGUCCCCCUGUUCUGGCUGGGACUGGAGCGGUGGGGCAGGGGAGGACACUGAUGUAGCCGUCCCUCCCUCUGGGGGCCGUGAAGGCCUAGUCAGUGGUGACUCAGCCCUGGGCUGCACCAGGCUGGGGGUGGCUGCAGCUGCAUGCGGCUGAUCCCAGCAGUGACGCCGGGCAGCUAGCGGUGCCAGGGCCACGGAGGCGGUGACAGACCCUGGGUCCUCUGCUUCCUUGUCCCCAGCCUGUGCCCCAUCCCCGUCUGUAGGGCCUUGGGGGCUGAGGGUGAGUGAGGGGUGACAGAGUCUGCAGGAGGUGGCUGUGCAGGGUAGGACAUGGCACCUGUGACAGUCUCCCUGGCUCUUGUGCACCCGUGGGCCUGUCGCGUGUUCUGGGCCGGGACCCCUCCCUUGCUCACUGUCCCCCAGCCCUUGCUCCUGGAGCAGGGCAGGGCUUUCCAGCAGCUUCCUUCCUUCCUUUCUUGGGACGGAAAUCCAGCUGUGUGGGGCGCUGGGCUGGAGCCUCCGCAGGGGAGUGGGCUCCGUCAUCACCCUGCUCCCCAAAGUGACUCAGCCCCCACGUCCCCACCCAUCCCCGGGGAGCCUGGGCCACAGCGGGAGGUAGAUAAGUGGGGUGGCAGCCUAGGCUGGCCAGAGAGCUCGGGCUACACUGGCCAGAAACCCGCCAGCUGCUCUGUCUGUCCCUCCUGUCAUGGCCCGCUCUGGGAGCGCCACACCGCCUGCCCCGGCCCCAGGAGCCCCUCCAUGGAGCCUGCCCCAGCGGCUUCUGCAGGAUGUCAAUGGGUCCCCAAGGGAGCUGCGCCCUCGGCUCUGCCAUCUGCGGAAGGGACCUCAGGGCUACGGGUUCAACCUGCACAGUGACAAGUCCCGGCCCGGCCAGUACAUCCGCUCCGUGGACCCAGGCUCCCCUGCGGCCCACUCUGGCCUCCGUGCCCAGGACCGGCUUAUCGAGGUGAACGGGCAGAACGUGGAAGGGCUGCGCCACGCCGAGGUGGUUGCCAGCAUCAAGGCGCGGGAGGAUGAGGCCCGGCUGCUGGUGGUGGACCCCGAGACAGACGAGCACUUCAAGCGGCUCCGGGUCACACCCACCUCGGAGCACGUGGAAGGUCCACUGCCGUCACCAGUCACCAACGGGACCAGCCCUGCCCAGCUCAACGGGGGCUCAGCGUGCUCAUCCCGAAGUGACCUGCCUGGCUCAGACAAGGACACUGAGGAUGGCAGUGCCUGGAAGCGAGACCCCUUCCAGGAGAGCGGCCUCCACCUGAGCCCCACGGCGGCCGAGGCCAAGGAGAAGGCUCGAGCCACACGCGUCAACAAGCGGGCGCCGCAGAUGGACUGGAACCGCAAGCGUGAGAUCUUCAGCAACUUCUGAGCCCCCCUGCCUGUUCUCCGGGCCCUGCCCAGAGCCCCGAGCCUCAGUGGGCUGGAGGGUGGUCCCAUCACCACCCAGAAACAAACCU